UUUGCUCUUCACCCCCCGCCUUUAAUCACACAGUGUCCACAACAACACGCCUUACGUUAACGGCACUACAGCAGCAGCAGUAGCCGUAGACCCUCGUUUGAUUAUUACUCUGUUCUUUCUUUUUAUCGUCGCUUCCACAUCAAAACAUCGUACAUCGAAGUCACACUGGUUUAAUACAACUAUAUCAUCAUAAUAAUCAAUAAUAUUUCAACGACGAUAAUAAUAAAUUUGACAUCUAACAUUGCCGAAUAACGAUCUAGAUUACCGCUAUCUGAUAGCUGUUUAUUCGCGUCGACCGGGCUAAUUGCUCUGCGCGUUCUGCGUUCUGCAGUCGUUCCGAAGUAGUCAUCGUCGUCGAAGUCAAACGAACAGCUAACGUAAAAGAAACAAACAAAAUACUAUCCACGUUGUCUGUCACCAGCGACCGGCUGCGCUUUCACUUCGACUAUGGGGGGAUUUUACAGUUAUUUCAAGAAUCUAUUUGGUGAAAAAGAACUGAGAAUUUUAAUCUUGGGCUUAGAUGGCGCAGGAAAGACUACCAUAUUGUAUAGGUUACAAGUUGGUGAAGUUGUUACUACUAUUCCAACAAUAGGAUUCAAUGUCGAGCAAGUUACUUAUAAAAAUAUUAAAUUUCAAGUUUGGGAUCUUGGAGGCCAAACGUCCAUUAGGCCAUAUUGGAGGUGUUAUUAUUCAAAUACAGAUGCUGUAGUAUAUGUAAUCGAUUCAGUUGAUCGAGAAAGAAUGGGUAUAGCUAAAGACGAAUUGAUGUAUAUGUUAAAAGAAGAAGAACUAAAUGGUGCUAUAUUAACAAUAUUGGCCAACAAACAAGAUGUUGAGGGUUGUAUGAAUGUAACUGAGAUACAUCAAGCUCUUGGAUUAGAUUCUUUAAAAAACCGAACAUUCCAAAUAUUUAAAACAUCAGCCAAAAAAGGUAUAGGACUUGAUGAGGCUAUGGAUUGGCUUUGUAACACUCUACAAAAUCACAAAUAAUGAAAUGCUAUGUUUAUUAUAUUUCUAUUGUAAUUAGAAAAUUGUACAAAUAAAAUGUUAUAAUGUUUAAUUAAA